AUGUCGAACCUGGGAGCUGUCUUGUUUGUGGGCUGCCUGCUGAUGGCCAUGGCCCUCGCCGAGCCACGCCUUCAGAGGCAACAGCAGCAGCAACGCCUUCAGCGUAAAAUCAAUUCCGCCGGACAGCAGCAUCCGUACUUGUUCCUAACCGUGCCCAAGGGACGUGCCAAUGCCGGUGCUGUUGUUAAAGGAUUCGAAAUUGUCGAGGAGGAGGACUCCCAGGAACUGGAUCAUCUGAUCGAUAAUGAUAACGAUGAUGACGACAACCAGGACGAUGACGCUGACGAGGAGGAGGACGAACUGGAACAUCAGUUGGGUCUGAAAUUUGCCCGCAAUAACUUUGCAUUCCGCAACCAAAAGAAGAAUCUCGACUCUCUGGAGGAGGACGACGACGACGAUGAUGAUCAGGUUGAGGUGCAGGAAUCCUUUUUGAGGAACGCUAAGCCCCAGGCUGUCGGCCAGGGUGCCCAGCAAAUGGUGGUGGCUAGGGAUCAGGCUGGUGCCAUUAUGGUGCCCGAUGGCAUUAUCGAGAUCGAGGGACAGAGCGUCCUCGACGAGAAGACCGGAAAGGCGGCGCUUUUGGUGCCUCGGGCCGCUCUGGACGCCAUUCCUGAUGGCGCUGUUGUGGCCCUGAUGGAGCGCUCUGCCAACUCGGCUGGCAUUUCCGGCGACGAGAUCGAGGAGGAGCGCGCCAACCGCGUUGUCGUCCGCCGCAGGAAGAACAGCGGCCGCCGCAACAUCCGCCGCCGGGGCACCAACGUCCAGCGACGUCGCCGUCGCCCCUCCUCCCAGCGUCGCCGUCGCGGCGGCAACCGUCGUCGCAACGUCCGUGUCGUCCGCCCCAACAACCGGAGGCGUGGCAACCAGCGUCGACGCGGCCAGGUCGUCUACCAGGGCUAAAGGUCACCCACCCAUCCCCUCAGAUUCUAUAUAGUAUUAUAGUUAAGCACCAGCGA